AUGAGAGGAGGUUUAAGGCUAUCCGGGCCGUAUUCUGGCGAUGCGGCGUGGGCGGCAAACCGAUUUCCCCGAGAUGGCCAUGGCGACAGAUGGAACGAGCCGGAGCCGGAGCGACCAUUCUUCUCGUUGCCUGCAACCAGAGCCGCGGCGAGGAUUGAAGCGCCAGGUAUUGGCCAAGGUGGUGACGGCGGCAUUGUGUGGAUGAAACAGAAGCAGAGGGCGUGGCCACUAUGGCGAUUUGUGUCACGGAGACCACGAAGAUGGAUAUUCUUGGGUGUAGUCCUCCUCCUGGGCUGCUUUGUUGGGUACUUUUACAGGUCAGAGGUGGCUAUAAGUGCGGUUUGGAUCCCGGACAUGGAGUCAGUAUCGUUUGGCAAGAAACCGUUACCGCCACCCCUGGAACGCACCCAGAUUACAAACUACACGUUGCCUCUUGUCACCAAGGGUCGGCAUAUCGUUGACGCAGAGGGGAGGAGGUUCAAGCUGGCGUCGAUAAAUUGGUACGGCGCAAGCGAUGAGCUGUUCGUCCCGGGAGGGCUGGACGUGCAGCACCGCAAAGUGAUUGCCCAAACAAUCAAGAAACUGGGCUUUAACAGCGUCCGACUUCCCUACGCAGAUGAGCUGGUUUCCAAAAACCCAGUCAUCGACGCCAGGUUGGUCAGGGCGAACGCGGACCUCGUGGGACUCAGGGCGCUGGAUAUCCUCGAGGCCGUCGCGACAACGCUAACGGAGCAAGGUAUCGCCGUGAUUGUCAAUAAUCACAUUACGAGGGCGACGUGGUGCUGCGGUGCGAACCCAUGCGACGCGGCGUGGGCGAAUGACCAUCUCCUGGGCAUUUGCAAGGUGACACAAUCUGAGGAUGAGUGGAUACGGAACUGGGAGACGGUCAUGACGAGAUUCACCAACGAUCCGCUCGUCAUUGGCGUUGAUCUACGCAACGAGGUGCGAGGCCUCUGGGGCACGAUGCCGUGGCACAAGUGGGCAGAGGCGGCAGAGCGCUGUGGGAAUCGCUUGCUGGCCAUGAAUCCGGACUGGCUCGUGGUGGUGGAAGGGACCGAGUCUGCAAACGACUUGCGCGGGGCGCGGAAGCGGCCAGUGAGUCUGGACAUUGCGAACAAGCUCGUGUACUCGGCGCAUGUGUACGCCUGGUCGGGAUGGGGGAGUCUGGGAGGUCGCUUCUCCAAGAGGACAUAUGAGUCGUUUCGUGAGAGCAUGCGCGGGCACUGGGGGUAUCUGCUCGAGGAGGGCGUGGCGCCCGUCUGGGUGGGCGAGAUUGGCGCGCCGAGGCUGCCGGCGAGUGUGGGCGACGUGCGAUAUUGGAAGAACUUGUGGAGGUACUUGGGCGAGGUGGACGCGGAUUUUGGCUAUUGGGCGUUGAAUCCGAGGAAGCCCAAGGGGAACGAGAGCGAGGGCUAUUCGUUGGUGGAGGACGACUGGGUUGGUGUCGUGCUUGAUUAUCGGAUGAUGAGCAUGGUGGAGGCUAUGAGGAGGGAGUGA